AACACGGCUCGGUUAUCGAAAUUUGAUAAACUGUAGAAGCUGUACACGUUCCAAACAAGGUUUUUAUCUGGUUCGUUCGCUCUGCUUCUCUCACAUGUUCUUUCCGAAGCGACUCUAAGGAGAUGAAUGACAAAUACGAACUGUUGCAAUCGUCCCGGGGUUUGAUGACUGCUCGAAAAUCGUUCAUGAGAGAGCUGACACAGCUUCGUAAUGUUGAACAGUGAACCCAUAAUGCUGCAUCAUAACCAAUGACGUGGAUGUAGGUUAAGUUUUGCUACCACAAACGAUCGAGUGGUGCGUCGGGUCCGCAAUUUUCGCGCAAAAUAAGUUUAACAAGCACAAUGUUCGAAAUCACGGACACACAGAAAAUCGGUGUGGGGUUGGCGGGAUUUGGAAUCUCUUUCCUGUUCCUUGGUGUACUGCUACUUUUCGAUAAGGGUUUACUCGCCAUCGGAAAUCUCCUGUUUAUAUCGGGACUCGCGUGUGUAAUCGGGCCAUGGAGGACUUUAAAUUUCUUCUUUCAAAGGCACAAGAUGAAAGCCAGCGUUUCAUUCCUAGGAGGUGUUCUUGUAGUGCUUAUGGGCUGGCCCAUUGUGGGAAUGAUCUUAGAAACCUAUGGCUUUGUAUUGCUGUUCAGUGGUUUUCUACCAGUAGCGAUUAAUUUUCUGCGAAGAGUGCCAUUAUUGGGUACUCUGUUGAAUAUGCCUGGCAUCAGUCGAAUUUUGGACAUGAUAGCAGGAGAUUCUAAUAGAACAACUGUAUGAUAGCUGUAAAACGUUUAAAAAGUUUCCCACACCUCUGAACGCUCAUCUUGAAAAUCUCUGCUUGUGUAUAAAGCAGUCACAUGUAUCAUGUUCCACAUUGUUUUCAUCAUUCCUGAUUAUUAGGGGAUAUCAAUAGAAAUACAAUUUUGUAUAAAACCAAAACACUAAUUUACAUUCUAUUAAUGUCUAUUAAAUUAAGGAGAGUAUAAGUAUAAGCCUAAUAUGCAAUUAAUUAAAACAUUUUUCAAAUGUGUAAGUGUGAACUCAUAUGUAUAUGUAUAUAUUAUAUGAAUGUGUGA